GAAGCGUGAACCGGAAGUGUGUCAAGACUCGGUACAUUAGGAAAAAGUUAAUGUGGGCAGAUCAGAUUCUCUGAUGAUCAUCCCACGAGAGCUUCUUAGAAUUACCAGAAUAAUGCCUAACGCCAACACCGCGCUAUAAAGCGAUAAAAUUAAGAAAAGAUACGCAUAAAGGGGGGAUAUUUAUCCAUAAAACUAAAGGUAUCGAAAUUAGACGCGGUGUCUGCAUUAGAAAACCUGUAACGUUACUGUUUUUGGCAUAACUGCACCUUUCGAGAAAAAACGAACAAUCAAGAUGGCUGACUCUAGCACUGGCAAGCCUAUGGUGGUCACUUCCUCCGUCUCCCUCAAAGUUACCGCUCCUUCUUUCUACAAUCAACCCAAAAGGUUUGCGUCUGUCGCUCCUCCACGCCCCAAAGGACAGAUGGCCCCAUCACAGCCCUCGUCAUUUGUAAGCACUGGUGUAAUUGGACGAGUUGGAGAGAUGCCCCCGCCCCCUUCAACUCUUUGUGAGGACUUUCCGCCCCCUCCUCCUCCACUGGAUGAUGCAGAGCUUCCAGACCCUCCUCCAGAAUGCCAACUCAUACCCCCUGUAUCUGAUGCCCCUCCUCCUGCAUUCCCAGCCCCGCCCCCAGUUGCAGAGGACCUGAACCUCCCUGCAUCUCCUGAGGAAUUAACCUCUGUACCUUCCAGGCUGUUUGAGAAACAGACCAGUUUUGACAGGCAGCUGGGCUCUUUGACCAAUAUGUUAUCAGAGAUGGAGACUAGCGGACCUUUCAAUCCAAAGCAUGGUAAUUUGCAUAUCGCCCAAAGCUCUUUCCCACCACCUCCACCUGCCGCCCCUCCCGCCCCUGUUCCUCGACCAGCGAAUAUUCCUGCCCCUGCACCUACAUUCAAUCACUCGGAAACAUCUCCCACUGGCAGUCAGCAAAGCUUUGCUCCGCCUUCUCCUGCUGCACCUAAAAUAUCGCCCGUCUCGUCAUUCAACAGAUCAGCAGGAAACACGGUUCCACCAAAGGUGUCUGGUUCAGGUUCAGGUCCUGGUGGAGCUCCUCUCACUAUGAGGGAAGUAGAAGAGCUGGAGAAAAUGACUAAGGACUUUAUCAAAGACAUGGACAAUCAUCCUCCUGUGAUCACCUCUCCGGCUACAGAGGUGUGUGGUAAAUGUGGAGAGGCUCUGUCUAGAUCUCAGCCAGCAGUAAGAGCGAUGGAUAAACUCUACCACUCGCAUUGUUUCUGCUGCGUGACCUGUCGGCGCCCCCUACAGGGCAUGCAGUUCUACGACUGUGACAGAACGCCUCAGUGUGAGGACUGCUACAUGAAUUCUCUGGCUGUGUGUUCCCGCUGUGGGGAGCGGAUCACCGAUCGUGUCCUGAAGGCGGUGGGCCAGUCUUUCCAUGCCCACUGUUUCCUCUGCUCUACCUGUGGCUGCACCCUGGAGGGCGCUCCAUUCAUCACCGAUGACAAAAACAACCCUUACUGUGUCAAAGAUUACCAUCGCCGGUUCUCUCCUCUUUGCGUAAGCUGCAAUGAGCCGAUUAUUCCCGACCCUGGAAGUGAAGAGACAGUCAGGGUUGUUGCCUUAGAGAAGAACUUUCACCUGAAGUGCUACCGCUGUGAGGAUUGUGCUCGCCCCCUUUCCAUAGAGGCAGACGCUGAUGGCUGCUAUCCAUUUGAUGGCAGAAUUCUGUGCAUGAAAUGCCAUACCCAACGUGCCAAGCAGGCCAAACAUUGAUUGGUGGAACUUGCCACAAACCUAAACCAAAUUUAAGACACAUAAUUGGCUCAGCUUUGAAAAUGCAUUUGCCGAAUGUGUUCCAUUUCACAUUGUCAUUUUCUAAUUUUCCUCAUGUUUGCUCAAUGACAGUUUCGUCUUCUUUCGACAAAGCUCUGCUGCUUUUUCUGAAUGGCCUUAUUCAGAGCUCGGCCAAUAGCUUGCCCCCUUUGCCCUGGUGUCUUUCUGAUAGGGCUUGAUGUGUGCGAGCACAGUGUUAGUGCCUCCAUGUUGUAGUUUUUACCCCUAGAUUAAUAUGUAAAGUGUUAGAGAAGUGAUUUUUAGAGCUGUUUUUUGGCUUGAAUUUUUACUGUAGAGGCUGAUUCGGUGCAGAAGUAAUGUACUGCACUGCCGUCUCAGCUCAGCGAGCUGUACGACUCCCAGCAUGCCUUUAAAAAAAACUCAGAACAUCCAUAAAUUGUACCACAGCUGACUACUGAGGUGAGACGUAAAGUCUGUUUAUCCACAGCCAUCCAUGCACUUUCAAUAAGGCUUUCCAAAACAUACCUUGUAGUUGAUGAGAAGGGCUCUGUGUGAAAUGUAGUCGCGACAAAUGUAAAAUAAGCAAAAACAAAGGCAGGGAAAGGUGAAAGAACAAUGCGAUUUGUGUAUUUGUCAUGCAUGCUUCAUUUAUAAGAACUGUUUACCUGUAAAUGAACAAAUAUUUUAAGAAGCACAUUCGUUUUGUCCUAAAACGUAUCGAACUAAAUAUGUGAUGAUGAUGCAUUGAUUAUCAUAGCCAAUAUCAGUUCAGUUGUUUUUCAUUCCAUAUAUUGCGGUGUUUAGCGAUUGCACAAAUGUAGGUCAGUUUGAUGAAAAUGUAUCUCCAAAGAAAAGCACAUCAGCCACUGAGCCCAUUUUAUAUUGGCUUUAAGGUAGCGCUGAUAUUAUUUUGAGAAUUACAUCUGUUUUACAUAGCUCAGAAACAUUUGUUUUGUUUUAUUUCUCUAUGCACCUGUUUCCCUCGACUCUCUUGUCCAAGAAAUUCUCAUAUUUGAUGUAACCAAAUAAACCUAUGGCUCCCAUCAUAAAAAAUCUUACAUGACCAAAUCCAACACAUUAUGCAUGAUUUGUUAUUGUUAUUACAGUGUUUUAUACAUCAUGUUUCACAGUUGCCUCAUUUUCAUGCUGGUAUCACAACACUGCUGAAUUCAGUAUGCUGUUAUUGACCAUUUGAACCCUUGUAUUUACCAUUCACCAGUACUUUUGUCUUUUUUUUUUUUGUAAACUGAACAUCUAAAUUCCUCUCUUAUGUGAAUGUGUGCAUGUUUACGGUCGAAAGUAUGCCAACGUGUUAAUUUUGCUAUCAUUUCUUUUUUCCACAUUUGUACUGUAUUCUGAACUAAUAAAAGUAUGAAAUUGACAAACAGAGCACUUUUUUGAUCUGUCACUGGACCUAAAAGAUGUUUCUUGAA